AUUUUGAAUUGAACUCAGACAUUUAUACUAAUCAUGGCUGGCGCGGUGCGCCAACCGAUUGAUGUCCCAUCGCUGGAGCGGUACAUCGAUCAGAACGUCCCGGGUAUCAAGACACCUUUAGAUGUGAAACAGUUCAGCUUCGGUCAAUCCAACCCGACAUAUCUUCUCACCGGUGCAGACGGGCAGAAGAGUGUGUUGCGGAAAAAGCCUCCGGGAGCCCUGCUUUCCAAAACCGCACAUAUGGUGGAACGCGAAUACAAGAUCAUCCAUGCGUUGGAGACCACCGAUGUCCCCGUUCCCAAGGCCUACUGCCUUUGCCAGGACAGCGAUGUGAUCGGAACUCCCUUCUAUAUCAUGGAGUUCCUUGACGGGCGCAUGUUCACCGAUCCGGCCAUGCCUGGAAUUAGCCCGGGGGAUCGAACUGCUUUAUGGCGGGCCGCGAUCGAGACCUUGGCCACCUUCCACCGUGUCAACCCCCAAGCCGUUGGACUGGAACGAUUCGGAAAGCCGAGCGGCUUCUACGAUCGCCAGAUCGCUACCUUUACGUCGGUGUCGCGGGCCCAGGCCCAGGCGGUAGACGUGGAAACAAAGGAACCUGUCGGGGAGCUCCCCCAUUUCGCAGACAUGGUGCAAUUCUUCAGUAACAAGACCACGCAGCCGCGGGAUCGGGGCACGCUAGUCCACGGCGACUACAAGAUUGAUAACAUGGUCUUCCACAAGACUGAGCCGCGGGUUAUCGGCAUCCUGGACUGGGAGAUGGCCACUGUUGGACAUCCGUUAUCGGACCUUUGCAACCUGACCAGCCCGUACUUCCUAGAGAGCACAGAGCACCAGUCAAAGGACUUCCAGCCGGGCGCGGUGCCGGGUAUACCCCGGCGGGAGGAUUGUAUCCGGUGGUACACCGCCGCCGCAGGAUGGGAUCCCACUCCCGAAGUGCUGUGGGGGGACGCAUUCUUCGCCUUUCGAAGCUCCGUGAUAAUGCAAGGUAUAGCCGCCCGGUACGCGUUACGGCAGGCCAGCAGCGCCCGAGCCGUGCAGUAUGCAAAGAGGACGGGGCCUUUUGCCUUGGAGGCAUGGGAGCGGGUGAAGAAGGUCCAGGAAAUGUCAUCCCCCAAGGGUCAUUUGUGAUAUGAUGUAUCACGGUUGAAUACCCAUGUAGAUAACAGAGGAUAAUAAAGGGAUCAUAUUCGAUGAUUUAUGUGGUGCACUAUACUAUACCUCAUACACAAUCCUGUUUCAAAUCGCUGUCCAUUUUCUUUUUUUUUUCUGCUCCUAGGGUGAUACACGAGUACCCGACGGCCUUUUCAUUGGACGCUCAAAGAGUCAGUCCACGGUAGCAUGGCUUGUGUGACAACUCAUGCGCAGGCGCCAGAAUCCCAGGGAUGAUGUCAAUCCAAUAAGAAGGAGACGCAAUGCACUCAGCAGGCAUAUGGCACCCGGAAACUGUCGCCGCACCUUGCAAGAGUAUUGAGUGCGGCUCCGCAAGACGCCUACCGGGGAUGCGCUUGAAGAUCCCAUUCACCACAGUGGGCGGGGUCAUCGAGGCUGAUACGUCAUACCACUGCAUAACUCUGCACCUUGCUCCCUCCUAG